GUGUUUGGGAAUUCGGGACUGUAGGACUGUGUUAGAUAAAACUGCACUAUUGGGCAGUAUAAAUGCCAUGUUAGGGGAGGGCCAUGCAGGCACCGUAGCAACUGAAAUUGCUCUCGAAGUUUGCAGCUCACUGACAGCAGGGGGGGUAUUCCAAUAAGUGUAGCACAGCUGGCCGGGACGACCCGUGAUGGCGGCCCUGACUGAUGCCCAAGUAACCUGGAAGCAAAUUCACUCUGAUUCUGUAUUUAAUUGAUCAUCAUUUUUUAACUUUCUGUUUAGACCCUCUCCUAUUUAACUUAAUUUUGUCAGUCAAUCCACAGUUAGUGGCUAGGGUUGCAUCAUUCUUGGAAUGACGGAGAACCAACAGCAAGAGGUUGGUGCAGAGCCAGUCCCAGAAGAUGGGCCCGGUGAGUCUUCAGGUAUACCAAACAACAUCUCUGAUGAAGAUGCCUUCAGAAUCCUAUGGGAAAUGAAAAUGAACAAAAGACAGAAGCGCCCAUCUCUUCCAGAUACUGUGACAGAACUUACCACUGAAGAAGGGAGCAAAGUCUAUAUUGUAGGCACUGCCCACUUUAGUGAUAGCAGCAAACAAGAUGUGGUUAAGACCAUCCAAGAAGUCCAGCCAGAUGUUGUUGUAGUUGAACUUUGCCAGUACAGAAUAUCCAUGUUAAAGAUGGAUGAAGAAACACUGCUUAAAGAAGCCAAAGAAAUCAACCUGGAAAAACUUCACCAAGCGAUUAAACAGAAUGGAGUAAUGUCUGGUCUUAUGCAGAUGCUUCUGCUAAAGGUGUCUGCUCACAUCACAGAACAGCUGGGAAUGGCCCCUGGAGGGGAAUUUAGAGAGGCUUUCAGGGAAGCAAGUAAAGUGCCUUUCUGCAAAUUCCACUUGGGUGACAGACCUAUUCCAGUAACAUUCAAGAGAGCCAUAGCUGCACUAUCAGUAUGGCAAAAGAUCAAACUUGCUUGGGGAUUGUGCUCUUUAUCUGAUCCUAUCAGUGAGGAUGAUGUUGAAAAAUGUAAGCAGAAGGACUUACUGGAACAGAUGAUGGCAGAAAUGAUUGGAGAAUUUCCUGAUCUUCAUCGUACUAUAGUCUCGGAGAGAGAUAUUUAUCUCACCUACAUGCUGAAGCAAGCUGCUAGACGAACUGAACUACCUCGUGCCUCAGAAAGUAAUACUAUGUUGUCUACUGUACUUGACUUUCUGUCUGAACCUAGAAAAAGUAUCCCUUCUGUUGUUGUUGGAGUGGUUGGGAUGGGACAUGUGCCUGGAAUAGAGAGGAACUGGGACCGUGAAUUAAACAUCCAGGAAAUUAUGAGUGUGCCUCCCCCUUCAACAUUGAGCAAGGCUGUUGCAUUUGCUGCAAAGCUAACCUUUUUUGGACUUCUUGGUUACAGUUGUUAUUGUAUUAGCAAAAGGACAGUUCGAAUUAUACUCUCAGUGCCAGCUACACAGUAUUGCCUUCAAAGACUCAGCCAAAUGGGUCAAUGAAAUAAGGGUUCUCAUCUGACUGAUCUCCCAUGACCUGUCGAAAAGGUGGUAAUGUAAAAUAAGCUGCAAUUACAUUUGUUGCAGGACCCUGGUUUGCAGGUCAUUUUUUAAAUGGACUGUUUCUAUUCUGCACCAGCCUAUCCCUGCAGAUUACCUUUAGUUGCUACCCACUGAAGUGGCAUUAAAGGAAAUGGUAAGCAGAUAUUGGCUAUUUGUUUAUGCAAAUUGUCUACACAGUCCAAAAGGUACAGUAUGUGGUUAACUGGUAUAAAUGUAUUCAGGUGUGCUUAUACCAAAUUAUCCUAAGUCAUUCUAUUUGCCCAUGCAAACAUCACAAGUGCACUCCUGUAAAAUAUGUGGUGUUAGAUUAUUUACUCUACAGGCUCAGCUAAGGCAGUAGUUGUGCUUUAUUUAAACCUAAGAAACUGUAUAUUAAACCAAUUUUGUUUGUUUUUUUCUGACUACACAGAUGUGAGUGGAAUCUAACUGUCCUGCUUUUCCCAAAUGAACAGGGUUUGGCAUUGUUUAGAACACAAAUUGCAUCUAAGGGUUAUAGCUGACAUAGUCCUUUUAGGAAGAACCAUAGCGAUAGAGGUUAUGUGGUAAUUGCAUUCCCUUGCAAGACAGCUCAAGUGUGAAAUGAGCAGCCCAUUUUGGUUAUUAAAUUGUUAUGCGACAACAUGAAACUAAAGGGCAGAUUUAUCAAAAUUGUUUGUGAAAGAAACAAAAUGUGGCCGUAAAAAAAUAACCGCAGAUGUAACAGAAUAUUCCCACCCAUGCUUUAUCAUUUUCAGUGAGACUAAAAAACUCUCUCAUUAACUUUUAUUAAACCUUGCCAGCUUUUAUUUGCAGAGUUUUUGCGACUUUUCUCUAAAUACAGACUAUUCAUGGUUCUUAAGAAUAUUCUUGGGUAUAGUCUCAUUCGCGUUUUUUUUUUUAACAAAUUGUGCAAAAAAAAAAAACAUUAACUCAAAUUUUGAUAAAUCGGCCCCCUAAGAGUUUUGGUUGUUAUUAAAGAAGUUUGCAACAAUCGCCUCACAUGCCACUGGACUAAAGGAAACUGUUAUGAAACUGCUGUAUCUUGAUGGCUGUGGAUAUAGUCUCUGGCAAAACACCAGUGCUCUCCUGCUUUACAAUUAUUUCUGAAAACCCAAACAGAAAGUAGAAGUUCUCAUUUUACUAACACCAUUACUAAGACUUAUGCCUCUGUGUGCAAUACACAUUGCACUUGUGCCUGGUGCAAAGCAGCCAUGUUCUACACCCUUGUGCCAUUUGCACCUUAAACACUCACCAGCACCUUUUGCACACUAAAGCCCCUUCCUUGUGCACCAUGAAUAAUUGCCUAAGAAGGAGUGUGCCUGUAGACAACCACAUUCUGCCCAUGUGCCGUGCCUUACCUUCAGAAUAGUGCACUUGUUUAUCUGUGUGGCAUAUAGAAGGAGAUAAGCGGCAGCUCCCAGUGUGCCUGGUGCAUUGUAGGCAAAACACCAUUUAAAGCUGUGAGGUCAAUAUCUCAUGGACCUUCCCAUGGGCUAGGCAUGUUUCUGUGCAAAGGAAUCUUACAGUAGGGGAUUGAUUGGAGAUUGCACAUGUGGCCAUACUGUAGAAACACCUGUAUGAAACAAAGUUCAUACAGUUGAUUUGUUGAGAAAAGUAUUUUAGUUGUAAUGUUUUUUGUUUUGAGAAUUCUUCCCAUAUGAAAUAGGAUUAGCUUUUACUAAAAGGGAAAAAAGAGAAACAUGACUUCUGUUGUGACUGUGUAGGGGCUGUGCUCCCAGUGCCUGCUGAACCAUGGGAUGCUAAGCUGUGAUGAAGGAAUGCCACUGUGAUCAGUGUAUCCUGCCAAACCGUGCCUUUCAGAAACUUCUCAGUAAAAAGCUUUUGAACUUUCAGUCUAAAAGUUAUGAAAUUGAUUGUCCUGUGGACCAAAAAGUUGGACAUUUUGAGAUUUGGUUACGCACACAAGAAGGGGCAUGGGCAGAUUUUUCAAUUUGUAAUAUUGCACAUACUGAUCACAAAGGUGGUAGGUUCAAACUGUCCCCCAACUUCCUUGGGCAUGUAUGGCUACCUUUACCAUUAGGCUGUACAAGCCCAUAGGUCUAGUAAACAAGCACUUAAAUAUUUCAACUUUUUUUUUGAUAGCGCAUUAAAGGUUGAGGUUGAAGUGAGGACAAAAAAAGGAAAAUUUACACAGAACUUGAUUAAUGUGGUUAGUUUAAGGUUGACUUUCCACGUAAUACAUCAAGAAAUUGACUUCUAAAAUGAUCUGGGAAUGGUGAUUUAAGAUUUUUUUUUUUUUUUAAAUUAUUAAUUAGCAAAAGUUUGUACUAUUCUGAUGUUGAUCAUUUUUUUGUAAACAGCAUUUUCAGAUAUGGCUGUGUAGCUUGUUUUUUUAGAAAUUCUGGUAUUACUUUUUAUUCUGAUAUUACUUUUUUGUCAAAGACAAAAAAAAAUCACGAGAUCAUACACAUUUUGAAGCAUUGUGUUCUGUCUGCCCAAAAGGCCUUACCUGGACAUAUCUGGCCCUCUUUCCUUAAGGCUAGGGAUCCACCGAAUCCUGGAUUCGGUUCGGGAUUUGGACAACAUUCUGCCUUUUUCAGCAGGAUUCUGAUUCUGACAAAUCAAUGGUCCUGGCUGAACCAAAUCCUUAAAAUCAUGUGACUUUUCACCACAUUAACACAGAAGUUGAACAUUUUUUGCACGGUUCUUUUUACGCCUUAUAUGCCUUAGUUUGCAUAUGCAUAUUGGAAUAUGGUUUGGUAUUCAGCUGAAUCUUUCACAAAGGACUUGGGGUUUGGCCAGAUCCCAAAAUAGUGGACUCUGUCCAUCCCUACUUAAGGCCCACAUUCAUGGCACCUUUUAUUCUGCCACUGUUGGUUUCAUUUUUCCUACAUUCACACCACUACAGGGCUGUCUUACUUUGCACUACUGGGACACAACCAUAGUGUGCAAAUAUAAUAACGAAUCAUAUGUUCGAAACUAAAAGAAGAGCAAACACUGGAGCCUAAACUCUUAGGUUUAAUGCAUUAACAUGGCCUGCUAGAUUUUUAUAAUUGAGCAAGAAGGAUUCAAGGGUUUUAGAAACCUAAACCUUAAAUAUUUCAUUAAUAUAUUUAUGUCUGCUAAAACUUUGUGGUUAUAUUAUUGUUUUUGCUAGUAUCCAGAGCCAACUCCUCCUGUGCAAUAUUGUUAUUACCUUUUCUAAAUGUCACUUGACUGGAGGAAAGACAGAUCCAAUAAGCAGUAGCUCCUUUAGUUAAUAUUAAUGUUGUGCAUUGGGCUGCUGUACUCAAAUAUAUAACUUCCCUAUGAUUGAUGCAAAACUAAACAAUUCAUUAAACUUUAAAUGGCAAGUAAACAAUUUUAUUUAUAGUAAAGGGUGCUGAAUAAUUAUGCAGUUGUAAUCUCUUCUAGGCAAUUGCCCCCCAACUCUGUUGGCCACACAUACUAGGAAUCUUAAGACAGGAGAGCUGCUAUGACCUGCUGCUCUUUUACCUUUACCUGCAAGCUGUUGCAGUGACACACAUGCCGUAGUGCCAUGAGAAAAAGCUGCCAAUUAAUGACAUAUUGGUGACAUGUCACCAAUCAAAAAGGUGGCCAUGGGGGCUAAAAGUAGUUGAAACUUUAAAUACUAGCAUUGGAGGAGAGGCUGGGGUACUUUGGACCAAGCCAAAUUAACACUGUUAACUUGCCUUGUUCUUUAAUUAUAUAUUGUAUACUGUUAAUUUUCUACCCUUUGCUGCAAUACUGUCCAUAUAUCACUAAGUAGAUCAGCUGUUGAUUGCAGAGGUAUGCUAGUCUGGCAAUCAUUGCUUCUUCCAAUUUUUGUAGGCAGUGUACAAACUGCUUUUCUUUGCUUCUAUGGGAAACAUUGCUGCAUCUUGUGGGUGUGCCGGUACUGUACUCUAUUAUGCAAUAUUAUCUUUGAAAACACCCACUGCUUGCUGUAUCAUGUAAAGAGGUUAUGUGAAUAUGGCAUAUUUGGUAUUUUUUUCUUUAUAUAUGGCUUUUCCUACAUGUUUGUGAAUGCAAUAUAGUUCAUUGUUUAGCCAGUAACUUGAAUUUCCCUCAUAGUAAACUUUGACUUUUGGCGCACAGACAUUUGCAAUUGCCGCAAAAACACAGCAACAUCUUCUGCUGUUGGCCAACUUUAAUUGAAAAGGAAACGUCAGGCACCAGGCAUGUAUCUCUCCUAUAAAUGUAAGUGCCUGAGAGCACCAAGGUCUGCCAUAAGCAUUAAAGAAGCUGCUGGCAGAGGGAAUUCUUCUGAUGACUGGUCCUCCCUGAGAGGCACAGGGCAAUUAAAAACCAGGUGCCAUGGGCCUUUAGUUGUACUCUACUAUAAAAUCUAUUGCACAUACCAUUCUUACAGUGGUUAAACGUGUGCCUCAGGCCUUUUUUUCAUUUUAUUUAGCAAUUUGCCUUCUAAUUUUAUUUUUGUGCUUCCUUAGCCAUGCUGAAAUCCUAAAUUUGAUGUAUCACUUUAAUUUUCUUGCAGAUAUAAUUGAAAUAAUUAUCCCAGUUUAUCAUAUUGCAGAAAGAGAAAAACUAUUUUAAUUUCAUGUUGCAAAAUUCUAGAUUUCCCUGUAGACUUCAGAGACUGACACUAUACAUGGAAAUGAAGGGUUGGCAAAAUGAAAUUAAUCAGUUGUGAACUGCACUUCAUAGUUACUGUUGCCAUGAAAAUGAAUGCAUCUUUCAUCUGUAACAUCUAACAUUGCUAUCAGCUGGAUGGCUUGGCAUGACAACUGUCCAUAAUGGAUAAAAAAAAAGAAAAAUAACAGUGCAACUUUACCUGUUAUGGACUUCAACUACUACAAGAGCUUUACAGUUACAUUCUACAGCACUAUUUUCAUUGAUGUGGUGCUUAAGGAUAACAGCAGCAGCCAGGUUGUUUGAAUGCCCAUUACAGCUUCUACUUGAAAAUAAUGGGAAAACUUUGCUAGUGGCCAAGACUGCAUAGGCUGACUAUCCUUUCUUCAUUCUUUAGUCAUUAAAAAUACUGCAAAUUACCCAUGAAAAUAUUUCUUUUCAGUGAAUCUAGAACAGAGAAUAUUGCUUUGUUUGUGCUUGCAUGAGACAUCUAUUUUAUCUGUGGUAUUUCUAGAAUUCAUUCUUAAAAGCAAAAGUAAAAUCGCUAAUACACUGUUUAUUAUAGACGGUUAAAUGCAAACUUUUGUGGCCCCCUUUUUGACAAUUACAUAUUUUAUUUAAUCUUGUAAAGGAAAAGUAGUAAACAAGUACUGCAGCAAGCAGUGUGUUAAUAAACAAAAAAAUUACAAAAGUCAAGGCACAGUUUCAUUUUAUUUCAUUAAAUUUAAAACAUGGAAAUUAGUAUCUACAGCAAACUGAACCAAAUGUGUAAUUUAGCAAGGGGUGCCCAAACAUUUGCAUUCAAUGGUAUGCCAUUUUCUUUUUUUAAUUAAAGCAUUUUGACAGCUAAAAUUGUUAAAGGUCCCUGGGAGAUCUCCUAUCUUGGAAAUAUGUUUUUUUUUUUAACUAUAUUUGAAAUAAUCCUAUGAAUUGCAAAACAUUUAAUAAACACACACAUGUGUAAGCCUUUUCUUAAAGUGUAAAGCCAUAAUGUUUGUUUGCCUGAGGUCUCCAUCUGCUUUCUGGCGGUGUACAGACUUUGCAAUAGCAGCGUGCCUUUUUUAAGGUUUUAGGGGAACAUUGUGAUUUCUAUUGUAACAAUAAAGAAUUCUAAACAAA